AUGAAGGUUGUCAUCGACACGGACGCCGGCUUGGACGAUGCGAUCUCGAUCCUCAUGGCCACCAACAUGCUGCCCGAGGGUAGCGUGCUUGCGAUCACGUCCGUCUUUGGCAACAUGGAUCUGCAUCAGGUCAACCACAACUUGAAGCACAUCCUCGCCCGCUCCAAGCAGCCCAACAUCCCAGUCUUCUCGGGCGCGCACAAGCCAAUGAUCUCGAGCGUUGGCGAGCGCUGGGAUGGCCACGGCGUCGACGGUCUUGGCGGUGCGAUUGGCCUUGCCCCAUACACGCCGCCGGGCGAAAACGACGCCGUGUCUGCGCUGCUUCGCCUCGCCAAGGAGCAUCCCAAGGAGCUCACAAUCGUCGCCAUUGGACCCGCGACCAACCUCGCGCUGGCAGCGGCGCUGGAUCCGACGUUCGUCGACAACCUCAAGGAGGUCAUCUACAUGGGCUGCACGACGCUCGGGCGCGGCAACACGACACCGCACGCCGAGUUCAACGUGGCGUGCGACCCGGAGGCGGCCCACAUUCUCUUGACGCAGUUUGCAUCGAAGCUCACGAUCGUGAGCUGGGAGACCGUCUGCGACGCGUACCUGCCCUGGGCUUUCUUCGACGAGCUCAUCGCCGUCCAGACGCCGACGGCGGCCUUUAUCAAGGCCAUUUGCGCGUCCUUUGAGAAGUUCCGGCCGCAGCGCGACGUCGGUGUCCUCUACGAAGAAGGCGGUGAGCAGCACUUUGUGGUUUGUGACGCGUACGCGCUGGCACUCCUCUUUGGCGACUACACGACGAACGUCUCGUUCGCCAAUGGGCGCGUCGAGCUCACGCCGGGCGAGACGCGCGGCGCUUGCCAUUGGUCGCCGACGGCCGACACGAGCGGCACCAAGCUCGUCCACGCCUUUGACACGGAUCGCUUCAAGUCGCUCUUUCUCCAGCUCGCACGGGAAGAGCAAACGUUGUAA